AUGUCAGCAAGACAAAAUUCGAACUAUGAAGCAGAGAACAGCACCUCCUUAUGUGGCUUGAUCCAGUCCAGUAAUGCGAGCAAGCGCUGGGGAGAGUGUUUUUUCCUCAUCUACUCCUGCUUCUGGGUGGCUCUAAUGGCGUUGGUGGUGCUUACUCAGCUGUACGAGUUUUUUGAAUCCAUUCACUACGUAUUAUUUGCGUCGUUUAUAGCUCUUCCCGCAUGGGUAGUACCUCUUCUAAUUCCGGGUUGUGUGGACGAGGACUUACCACUGUCUUCACGCUAUGUGUUCAAAGCCAAUGUGUACAUAGCUGUACUGGCCAUCACGGCCAAUUACUUCUACACACAUUAUUUCUACCGCCUGCUGGACGUGCGAUAUGUCGGACCGCUGGCUCCGGGCAGAGGCCUCAGCCUGAAUGGGGUACCGAUCAGCAUGUACAUCAUGACACAUCCGUACUUUUGCCUGUACCACACAGUGGCCAGUGCGACGUUACGGGUGCAACGACGUCUGUGUGACCGUUACCUCGGUGGCAAAUGGCUGAAGUCUAUCCUGACUGCGCUGCUGCUUGGUAUGUUCUGUACCUCGGUCGCAUUCAUGGAGACUUGGACAAUAAGCAGCUUUCCAUACUACACAUACAAGAGCCCAGCUCGGAUGUUCACUGUUGGCACAAUCUUCUACGCCCUGCUCUUCCUGGUAACCUUCCCUAUGUUCAGUCGCUUGGACGAAGGAAAGUUUGAAUCGUGGACCAUGGGACGGGUUGUUGUGGAGGCGCUGGCAACAAUGAUGCUAGUUUUGUGGGUAGCAGAUCUCUGGAGAAUAGCAUUCAUGCCAGCUGCGAGAAUAGUUUUACCACCCAUGCCAUACUAG